CGGGGCGGUGGUUCAGGCGGCGGGAGGUGGGGACGACGCGGCGGCGCUGCUCGUCCGCUGCCGCCGGCACCGCGCGCGCGAACUCCGGUCCAUGGCACGCAGGGCGGCGGCCCCCGGAGCUGCUCCAGAGUCGCCGGCCGCGCGCGUCGCGCCGCACUUUUAGGGCGGGAGCCGCGAGCCAGUCCCCGGCGGCCGCAGCCUCCGCCGGCCCGGACGGGCGCACAGGGAGUUCCCGAAGCGCCGCGGCCCGCCUUUCCGCCACCCCCCUCCCCAGCGCCCCGGGGCCCCCGCGAUGAUCUUCCCCAGCGGCGGCGGCCACCCCGGCGCCGCCGGCGGCUGCAGGACGCCCUUCCGCAAGCAGCAGUCUCUGGUUCCAGCGCAUCCCAUGGCCCCUCCCAGUCCCAGCACCACCAGCAGUAACAACAACAGCAGCAGCAGUAGCAACUCAGGAUGGGAUCAGCUGAGCAAGACGAACCUCUACAUCCGAGGCCUGCCCCCCAACACCAAUGAUCAGGACCUGGUGAAACUCUGUCAACCAUAUGGGAAAAUAGUUUCCACGAAGGCAAUUUUGGAUAAGACAACAAACAAGUGCAAAGGUUAUGGCUUUGUUGACUUUGACAGCCCUGCAGCAGCCCAGAAAGCUGUCUCCGCCCUGAAGGCUAGUGGAGUCCAGGCUCAGAUGGCAAAGCAACAGGAACAAGAUCCUACCAACCUGUACAUCUCUAACCUGCCGCUGUCCAUGGAUGAGCAAGAACUUGAAAAUAUGCUCAAGCCCUUCGGACAGGUUAUUUCCACAAGGGUCCUCCGUGAUUCCAGUGGGACCAGCCGUGGUGUUGGCUUUGCCAGGAUGGAAUCAACAGAAAAAUGCGAAGCUGUAAUCGGUCAUUUUAACGGAAAGUUCAUUAAGACCCCUCCAGGAGUAUCUGCUCCUACAGAACCUUUACUGUGCAAGUUUGCAGAUGGAGGACAGAAGAAGAGACAGAACCCAAACAAAUACAUCCCUAACGGGCGGCCGUGGCACAGAGAAGGAGAGGUGAGAAUCGCUGGAAUGACACUCACUUACGACCCAACUACAGCUGCUCUACAUAACGGAUUUUACCCUUCACCAUACAGUAUUGCCACAAACCGAAUGAUCACUCAAACUUCUCUCACACCCUAUAUCGCAUCUCCUGUAUCUGCCUACCAGGUGGCAAAGGAAACCAGAGAAAACAAGUAUCGGGGCUCUGCUAUCAAGGUGCAAAGUCCUUCUUGGAUGCAACCUCAGCCAUACAUCCUGCAGCACCCUGGUGCCGUGUUAACUCCCUCAAUGGAACACACUAUGUCACUACAGCCUGCUUCUAUGAUCAGCCCUCUGGCCCAGCAGAUGAGUCACCUGUCACUAGGCAGCACAGGAACAUACAUGCCCGCGACGUCAGCCAUGCAAGGAGCCUACCUGCCACAGUACACACACAUGCAGACAGCGGCGGUUCCUGUUGAGGAAGCAAGUGGCCAGCAGCAGGUGGCUGUGGAGACGUCUAAUGACCAUUCUCCAUAUACCUUCCAACCCAAUAAAUAACUGUGAGAUGGACCGAAGGGAGUUCUUACAUGAAGAAGGGUGUGAAGGCUGAACAAUCAUGGAUUUUUCUGAUCAAUUGUGCUUUAGGAAAUUAUUGACAGUUUUGCACAGGUUCUUGAAAACGUUAUUUAUAAUGAAAUCAACUAAAACUAUUUUUGCUAUAAGUUCUAUAAGGUGCAUAAAACCCUUAAAUUCAUCUAGUAGCUGUUCCCCUGAACAGGUUUAUUUUAGUAAAAAACAAAAACAAACAAAAAAAAAAACAACAACAAAAAACAAAAAAAAAAUCAAAGAUUUUUAUCAAAUAUAAUGAUGCAAAAAAAGAAAAGAAAAAAAAAAGAGAGAGAGAGAAAAAGAAAACUUCAAUUUUCUGGGUAUGCACAAAGACCACGAAGACUUAUCCAAGUGCAUGACCGGAUUUUUGCGGUUUUGUUCGUUUUGUGUUUAAUUUGUCCUUUUUUUUCCAGCUGUAUGGAAUGGGCUUUCUGAAGUUUCAGUUGUCCGACUUCGGCCAUGGUGUCCCCUGCUUGCCGUGCCAGUGUGGCUGUAACUCAGUGUCGCCCUCCGUGUCUUUCCUUGGCUUUCCAUUUUUCUUUCGACGUAGUGUGAAGUGUCUUAUCCUUUUCUAUGAAUUCCAAUUUGCCUUAACUCUUUUGAUGCUGUAGCUGUUUCAGUAAAGUUAGUCAAACUAAUGAUGUAGAAUGCUUUUGACCAAAUGGGCUGGUCUAUUACGCCUUGUAAAGCAGCAGCAUAGGGCUUUUAAAAGGUAGUCAAUAAAAGUUGCUGAAAUUUUGGCUUUUUUAAAAUA